GCUUCAGUGCGUCGAGACAGUAAGCAUUUUUGAAUCAUCUUAGAAUUAAAGAAAGGAAAAGAAGAUUUAAAGUUUACAUGUGGUGUUGGUGGUGACCUAAAUAAAACCUUGUGUAGCAAGCAGCGAAAGAUUGAAAGAGCCAAAGAACGCAGCACCAGCAAAUUUCAACAAGGACGUAAAAGAUGACAUACGCAUGGGAAACACCGGCCCUGACUCGUACACACCUCCACCUCCACGCUACAACGAUUGGCAUCGCGACCGUGACCGUGAUCGUGAAAGAGAACGACGGUAUCGGGACGACUGGCGAGAUAUGGACAUAAGAGGCCGUGAUCGGGAUAGUUAUAUGAUGCGAUACGACAAUCCGGCAUACGGUCCACCUCCACCACUCGCACCGCCAUCACUAUCAAUGUCAUACCCUCCAUCCUUUGGCGGCGAUUCGUACCGGCCGGACCGUGACCGUGAUCGAGACAUGCCACCCUCACCUGGCGGCCCACACCUGCCAUAUUAUGACAGAGACCGGAUGGAUGAUCGCGACUUUUACCGACAUGUGCCUCGUAAUGGACCUCCCAUGGAUUCGGAUCGUUAUCGCGGGCGGCCAGCGCGUUCAUGGGGCCCUAGCUCGAGUCCAGCACCCUCUGUGCUCGGGCCCAUCAAGGCACGAGAACGCGAUCGAGAGCGCGAAGGAAGCAUUAAAAGUCCACGCAGCGCAACUUCAGCGAGCGGCAUGCCGCUGUGGGCACCGGUUCCGCAGUCAGCAACAGCAGCAGGAGCAGGACAACGUCUGGGAAGUGGUGGGCGAAGAGAGGAUGACAAGGCAGAGUUCCGUUCGGAUGAUACAGACAGAAUUUCUGGAUAUGACGGCGACUCUACAAUGACAACGCCCAAGCGAGGCAAUACACCGGAUCGUAAAGAAAGCGACAGACCUGAGUCGGACCGAAUGUCAAUUGCGACUGGUGAACGAACGUCACCACCGCCUUCUUCAAACGCAUCCGAGAUUGCAGAAGUGUCGAAAGCAGAAUCAGAAACCAGCACUACACGGUCUGUUGUUGAAGACGUCCCUCGUGAUUCUGGACUCGACGUCACAGUCAAGAAAGAAGAAGAGGACGAAGAGAUGGUCGAGCCAUCACCUGUGAUUACUACAACAGCACCAGCGACACCACCACUGCCGGCAGAAACAGCGACAAAACCAGAGUCAAGGACAGAACCGACAACAGCAGCAACAUCUGCAAACGAGUCAGCCCCACCUCCGCAUUCUCCACUAUCAGAACCUCAGACACAACAGACGGAAGUAACAGCAGCAGCAGGAGGAGGAGGAGGAGGAGGAGAGGGAGAAGUCGACAAAAAUGUAAACCCCGAACCUAUGGAAGAAGAUCCGUCAGGUGUGGAGUCGAAUGUCGAAACCAACAAAGCUGCUGUAGAAGAUGUGAACUCUCACGCGUCACCUCCUUCUGCUACUGUUCCAGCUAUUUCGGCAGAAGCGAAUGCUGUUCCUGAGUCAUUACCAGCUGUUACCACUAAAGAUGUUGAAAAGACUCAAUCUCAAGCACAGAAACAGGAGCAGGAACAGGAACAGGAACGGCCAGCAGAACAAGCGGUAGCAGCAGCAGAGGCGCCAAAGUUGAAUGGCGAAAAGCAGUUGUCUCAACAAGAAAUCGUCGAACGCAUUGACCAGAUUGAAAACGAUAUCACCAUGUAUGAGGAAUUGUUGGAACAACUGAAUAAACGUGAGGAGGAAGGCAAAAAGGAAUCCAACGACGAGCACGAAACGGUAUCAACGACCGGUGGAGAACUUGGAUCCCUCUCAGCAGCAGAAGAGCAAAAGGAACGUGAAGAGGAAGAAGCUGCGAAGCAGCAAGCGUUGCAAGUGAUCAGUGAAGAAACGAGCCGAUCACAACACAUAACUGAUAUCGAAAAUCUUUCUUCGCUCAAGACAUCGCCUGUGAUGCGCAAACGCCCUCAGCUUCUCAUCAACCAAGUCCGCUCCAACGACGAAACCGACGACUUACUGUCAGAAAAGCUGAUUGCUGAUAACCGCAAGGUUGCCAAAGAAAACUCAAAGAUGAUUGGUGGAUGGCAGGGCAAGCCAGACACGGCAGACGAUUGGUCCGAUGAAGAAGAGUGGACAAAGCCCUUGUAUCGCACCAUUGACGAGUUCCCGUGCUACAAGGAGAAUGUCAAGAACUUUGACAAGGUCAAGGUGUCGAUUGCCAACAGCAUGGCGCAGCACAAGAAGGCAUUGAAAAAGAAGGAAAUGCGCUUGAAGAAGGAAUAUCGAGAACUCUACGAAGAGUGGAAGCAGCGUUGCUUGACGCUGGAUCGUAUCCGUGACCAUGAACGACGUGCUUUUGAGAAAUACACAUAUCGGUCUCAAUCGCGCCGUCGCACGGAAGAGGAAACAGAGGAAUUCGUGGAUGGCGUCAUUUUCAACAGUGAUCAUGAUGCGCUGCGGUUUGGCACAGAUGGUAUUGGCAACUCAUAUGGUGGACCGACUCAGGGCGCGUGGACAUCCGACGCAGCUCGAUCAGAAGCAGAGCUGCUCGAGAUUAUCCAGUCGCUUGAGUCUGCUGAUAUGCGAAACCCCGAAUUGCGUGCAGCCAAGACGACAGCCACCAUUCCUGCAAUGAUUCUCGACGAAAAGGAGCGCAUGCGUACAUUCGACGAUCGAAGCGGACUUGUGAUGGAUCCUUUGACAUACUAUCACACUGGCCCUGAAACGGAAGAUCACUGGACGCAGCAGGAAAUGACGGCCUUUAUGGAAAGUUACAUGCAGUAUCCCAAGCAGUUUGAAAAGAUUGCCGCAGCCGUCCAGACCAAAACUGCUCCUCAAUGCGUCUUGUUCUACUAUCGCAAAAAGACCAAGAUUGAUUUCAAGGCACUCGUUAGCAAAGGGAGACGUGGUAAGGCCGGGAAAAGACGAGAUCGUUUGGCUGCAGCUAUCAGACGCGCUACUGGUGGUGGAUCGUCGACCACGCGCAAGGGCAAGAGCAAGGGCUCUGCUCUGAUGACGGAUAUCGGUGAGGCUCAAGUGUCUCGAAAGGCGAAACUAAAAGAGACAGAACGUAAAAGUCGCGAGUUGCGGGAGUUGGAAGAAGCAAAUGCAUACUGGGAUGGUGUUCAUGAACGUCGGCGAAGCAAGCGUCCUGGACCUACGCCUUCAGCCUCAGCACCCACAGCCGCUGGCCCGCAGACAUCUGCAGUAGUCGGAGCAACAGGUUUGGCAUCAGCCGGUACGGAGGAACUCGACAAGACGCGUGGCGAUAAGCGAAAGCUGUCUCGACGAAAGGGGAGAUCACCUAGAGGUUCUGCUAGUGCUGCUCAAGUCGUACCAGGCGAGCCCCCAGCUAAUAGCAACAACACUAACAAUAACAACAGCAACAACAACAACGAAGAGUUGAUGGAUGAAAUGGACAGUGCGGAACGAAACUUGGGAGGUGCGGCAAGAUGGUUAGACAAGGAUAAAGAAGCAGCCAUUGAAGCAUUCAAGGUACACGGUCGCAAUUUUACGCGUGUGGCAGCGCUUGUUGGAACAAAGACUGAAGACCAGUGUCGCAACUUUUAUCACAACUAUAAGCGCAAGUUUGGUCCUUAUGCGUUUGAUGAAGAGCCCGAGUUGACCACUGGCGCUGUAGCCUCAUCGACAGCAGCAGCGUCAGCAGAAGCUCCGAUAAAAGCGUCUCCUGCCACAGCUGCUCCUGGUCCUACUGGUCCUACCACUACAGCGAUGGUUAGCGAGACCACAGGUGCUCGACCGGACUUGAAGGCGGAAGAGGAGGAUGCGGCAGCAGCAUUGAUGGGUAUGUGUAGAAUGGGAGCAGCUACUCCGCCGCCAGCAACACCCAGUGGUGCUAUUACUACUGCUGCUAGUCCUGCCGCUGAUGCAGCAGCAGCAGCAAUGAAGCCAACGCAAGGUCAUACGCGUACAUUGUCGACGACCCAAAUGGACGAUCAGCGCCAAGGACGAGGAUCCACUUUGCCUGCUGCUGCUGCUACUAUUACUACUACUGCGACUAGUACAUCAGGAGGAGGAGGAGGACAACAACGACGUCGGCGAGCACGUACUUCAUCGGGCAAAGCUGUUGACAGCGAUAUGAUGGACGAGUGGAUGGAAACGGAAUUUACUGCGAAUCGACCAGCACGCAGACCUGGACGACCACCUGGGUCGACCAUGUCCUCUGAUCCAGUGAAGCGUCCAGCCUAUUCGUCCUACUGGUCCGUCUCGGAACGCAGUGAGUUUAUGCGACUUUUGGAGAAAUAUGGCUGCGAUUGGGAUAAGGUGGCGAGUGCAUUGACAACAAAGACGGCGACGCAAGCGCGGAACUUUUAUGUCAACAAUGAAGAGAAGAUGCAACUGGAUGAAAUUGUGAAAAGGCGCGAGCGAGCUCCUGAGCAGCAGCAUCCACCCGCUAUCACUGCUACUGCUGCUACUGCUCAUCAUCACCAGCCUCCUCCUCCUCCUCCUCCACCACCGUCAUCGCAACCACAAGCGCAACAACAACAACAGACACCUGCACACCCACCACUGCCGCCACCAUCGCAAGAACCAGUAGCAGCGUACGAGGAUAGUUCAAAGACGCACUUCCGAGUAAUGCAAAAUUUACCAUUCCAUCAACCGGUUGCACCAGAGCAACAUCCACCUCCACCUCCACCACCCACUUACGCAAGCCCAUCUAUGAGUGGUGGUGGUCCUCGCGUAGGUUACUUCACGCCGUCUCCCCCUGCACCACCAUCAGCAGCAGCACGACAGCAUCAACAACCCGGGGUGAUCCAUGCUUAUCCUCCUUCUCAUCCGCCCCCACCUCCCGGAUACUCAACAAUGCCUCCACAACAUCCACAACCUCAAUCAUCACCAUCCAUAGCAGGCUAUCCACAACAGCAACAACAGCCGCCACCGCCAUCGCACCAUCCUCAACCACACCAUCACCACCACCAUCAUCCUCAACAACAACAGCAGCAACAACAACACGCUCAUCCAUAUUCGCACAUGCACUCCGAUAGAUCGGCACAUCCAUUGCAACCACCGAGCCCGCAUCCACCUCCUCCAGCAAAUGUAUCAUCCGAGCCUGCGUCCUCUUCGGUGACAAAGGUAGCGGAUUUGUUGAACAGUGAUGAACCUAGCGACUCGACAAACCAAAACAAUUGGGAAUCAUGGUUUUCUUAGCAUGGCUUUCAUUUGUCCAAU